CUCAUUUGUUGACACCUGAGCUUCAGCUUUUUUUUUAGCUCUUCGGCUCUUCCGACUUAUCGGACUCUUCAGUGGUUUCGGUUUCGGUUUCGGUUUGUGCCGCGACUACGUAUGUGACUGGCACUGGUACUGGAUCUGCCGCUCUGCGCAUUCAAAUUCAAUACACAGCUGAGCGUUCACGCAAGCGUUCGGUUCGGCGGAUUGGCAUUGAGAUAGUGAUAGCGAUUGCGAUUGUAACAGUGAUUGUGAUUGUGAUUGCGUAGAGUAAACCUCUCUCGCCGCGCGGUUUCGCAAGUCAGUCAACAAUCAAUCGAACGAUCGAUUGACUGCCGAUGCAGUGGGCAGCGCUCACGCUCUGGGCAGUGCUCGGCUGCUGCUCCACGCAGGCGGAGCGCCAGGCCUGCGACAUUCCCAAUGAGGCGAAGCGAGGCGUGUGCGUCCAGGUGAGCCAAUGCGCGGCCUAUCUGCAGGUGCGAAAUGUCACAAACCUGCCAGCCGAGAAAGUGAACUUCCUGAAGAAGGUGCAGUGCGAAAUGGAGAUCCACGGGGAGGAAGAGGACUCCUAUGAGUCGCUCGUCUGCUGCCCGGCCAAUGGACAAGACUACCUCUUCCCGGUGCUGCAGUUCUCAAAGUUCGAGUAUCGGCGUUUCCUGGACGUCACCGCCAGAUUCAAGCGGAAGAAGCUGAAGCGGCGCAUCCACACGGUGGAGCCCAGCGCGGGAUUCAAUCUGCUCAACGAGUGUGGCAAGCAGGUGACGAACCGCAUCUACGGUGGAGAGAUCGCCGAACUGGAUGAGUAUCCCUGGCUUGCCCUCCUGGUCUACAAUUCAAAUGACUAUGGUUGCAGUGGAGCCCUGAUCGACGAUCGUCACAUUCUGACUGCCGCGCACUGUGUCCAGGGCGAGGGUGUUCGUCAACGUCGAGGCCUAAAGCAUGUUCGGCUGGGGGAAUUCAACGUGAAGACCGAACCGGACUGCAUUGAGGAGCCCAAUUAUCUCAGCUGCGCGGACGCUGCCCUGGACAUUGGAUUCGAAAGGAUUCAUGUGCAUCCCGAAUACAAGGAGUACUCCAACUACAAAUUCAACGAUAUAGCCAUCAUCCGGCUGAAGCAUCCGGUAUCCUUUACGCACUUUGUCAUGCCCAUUUGUCUGCCAAACAAGACAUCGCCUUUGCCUUUGGCAGAGGGCCAAAUGUUUUCCGUCUCUGGCUGGGGUCGAACGGAUCUUUUCAACAAGUAUUUCAUCAACAUUCACAGCCCCAUAAAGUUGAAGUUGCGAAUUCCCUACGUCUCAAACGAGAAUUGCACCAAAAUCUUGGACCUAUUCGGGGUGCGUCUGGGCCCCAAGCAGUUGUGUGCUGGAGGAGAGUAUGCCAAGGACACGUGUGCCGGGGAUUCCGGAGGGCCACUCAUGUACUUUGAUCGCCAGCACUCGCGGUGGGUGGCCUAUGGGGUCGUCAGCUAUGGAUUCACGCAGUGCGGCAUGGCCGGAAAGCCCGCUGUCUACACAAACGUCGCCGAGUACACGGAUUGGAUCGCUGGCGUUCUGCUGCAGCAACACCAGCACCAGCCGCAGCAGCAGCAGUCACCGAUCUCUUGACGUCAGAUUUCGGGGGCUCCAACAAUUGGCGCCUAAUGACAGCCCAGAUCUGUUUGUACAUAUUUUGCUAAUUAUCUAACAGAUAUCAACUAUUUGACUAAGCGUGUGAGUUAAUGAGUGUUAGUGCUGCUUGGAAUGUGAACGCGAGUGUGAGUGUGUGAGUGUGUGUAUCUGUGACUGUGCGCUAACAAAAGUCUGAAAAACAUGUUUCUAUUUAAAUAAACUAUUGAAAAAUGUA